AUGGUAAAGACAGAAACUAUUAUUUCCCGCUGGAGGGAUUUCCUCUCAAAUAACAAUGUUUCGUGGCCAACCUACGUAUUGAUUUGCCUUUUUGGUCUGGGUUCUUGGGUGGCUGUGAACGGCUUAUGGGUCGAACUUCCAGUUUUGGUCAAAGAUUCUCCCGAGGGAUGGAACCUUCCAUCGUAUCUGACGGUAAUAAUCCAGCUCGCUAAUGUCGGCCCUUUGAUUUACGCCAUAGGUAAUCAUUUUGCUCCGAAGAAAGUUCACGAAAAAACUGCAAUUCCGUUCAUCGUUUCAGUCGGUGCGGUUGCUUGUGCUUUGCUUGGAUUCUACUGGAACAAAACAAGCUACAUCGGCGGCGAUAAACACAGUACAGCUCUCUUUAUCCUAUCCUUUUUCUUGGCUAUCGUCGACUGUACUUCCUCUGUGGUCUUUCUAACUUUUAUGUCGUUAUUCCCUUCGUUUUAUUUGAGCGCUUUAUUUGUCGGGGAAACAUCAAGUGGUCUGCUACCCGCUUUUGUUGCCCUUGGUCAAGGUAUAGGAAGCGGAAGCGGAAGCUACAACACGACGAAUGCAACCAAUUCCUCAUCUCAUCAGCACACUGCCAAAGAUGAUGGUUUGAGAUUUGGUCCUGAAGGUUUUUUCUUUUUCUUGUUUUCAAUCAUGGUUGUUUGUGGUCUGGCAUUUUUGGCAUUGAUUUAUUUACCCGUGGCUAAAAGACAACACGUGAUGAAAAUCACCCUUACAAAUGCACAUACAAAAGAAAGUGAUGAUGAAACUCAGCCUCUCUGUGAGGAUUUUCCUAAACCUGCUAGGUCUGGUCAUGAUCCAACUACAACUCAGGACUCUUACGUAAAUCCUAAACAUAGCAGCUGCCAGUCAGUUAGGGAUGAAAUGAACCUGAAAAUCAUUUUUCUCCUGUGUAUUCAAGCAUGGAUCAAUUGCCUGUCAAAUGGUGUAUUGCCGUCAAUUCAAGCUUAUGCUAGUGAGCCAUAUGGAGACAAGACCUAUCAUUUAGGUAAAUUCCAGGUUUUGAUUUUGUCUAGUGGAUUCAGAUGUUUUUCCAGAAACGUCUUUACCUUGCUGAGAUGCCAAAUUCAUUUGCCGUAACUCCCACCCUGAGGGGUGUUGGGGUUUAUAGCCCCCUCCCCUCCUCAGAAUCACCAGUGACCUUGAUCAGGGAGGAAGUAAGGAAACAGGCUAUAGCAUGGCUUAUGAAGUACAUUUUGCAUGUACUGGCUUUUAAUAAAAGCUCUGAAGGUCAUAGGUGAAAUCAAAUUCAUAUAAUCGGAUCUAUUUUUUGUUUACAGGUAGAUGAGUUAAUAACUGGGGGAGUUUAUGAUUGGUUCUGGGGAGGCUUAUAAGUGGCAGUUUUUCUAUGCCUUCAGUCCUUGACUACACUGCUUGAACAUCAUAACUUGGUACCUACUUUAGUUACUUUUGGGGAGCAAGCGAUGGCGCAGUGAUGAGAGAGCUGGCGCCAUAUACAUGUGGGUUGAAUUUGUUGUUGGUUUUCCUCCUUUGCUCCAAGAGGUUUCUCUCCAGGUACUCCGGUUUUCCCCUCUCUUCAAAAACCAACAUUUCCAAAUUCCAGUUUGACCAGGAAUCAGGUAGACGAAGAACCACUUUGUGGAUGUGCUACCUUCAAAUCAUUAUUAUUUAUUUAUUAUUAUUAUUAUUACUUGACAUACUCCCCAUCCUCCCCAAAAAUGUGUUUUGGUAUGCCAUGCUAGAAAGCAAACGUCGCACUGGGAAGAGAAAAACAAGGAGCUCAUAUAAUCUAAAAUUGUUAUCUGCUUUGGUUGUCUCCUCCCAAUAUGUCCCUUGUUCUCCAGCAUGGCAGUUUUGUACCACCUGAAUGACUUGCUGCAAUAGGCAUAAUCUGUUGUUUCAACCUCUGCUGUUGAUAAAACCAAGUUAUUGUGUUUUACCAGAAACCGAGUGACACCUGUUUAUUAACCUUCAUCAACAGUUGCUACUUUGUCCAGUAUUGCCAGUGCCCUGACUUGUUUUGCUGCAUUAUGGAUCCCAUGUUCUUCACCAACACUGGUGACCGUAUUGGCCAGUAUUUAUACAGUUCUAAGUGGUUACAUCCUCAUACUUGCUUCGCUGAGCCCAACUCCUCCACUUUACAAUUCAGAUCUGGGAAGUGCACUUAUAGUAAGUAUGGAUAUUAAUGUCUGUUUUGCUUAAUUCUGGGAGGGGCUACCUUAGGAAUUUUUGGAUUAGGGUGGUGCCACUGGAACCCUGGAAAACUUUAAUAGCCUAUACCAGACCUAGUUCAGCUGAAUUUUGCUACCUUUUACUAGACUUAUAUAUAUAACUGCCCAAAUCUUUCCUGAGCCUAGAAGAGUCACUAUUUUCCAUCUAUCAGUGCUUUCUUUGCUAUUGUAUUAAACUGAGUUAAGUGUCAAUUCCUGGUUUCCUCAGUCUAAACUAGAAUCUUUAACCAGUUUCCUGGAAAAUAAUACCCUAUUCAAGACCCAAACUGUCUGAUUUGUAUACCCUGUCCCAGACUAAACUGCUUGCCUUUGUGAAAACCAUACCUUCUGAAGUGCUACAUACCUAUAAAUCCCAAAUAUAGAAGUACACCCCCCCCCCCCCCCCCCCUUCCCAGACUAAACUGCUUGCCUUUGUGAAAACCAUACCUUCUGAAGUGCUACAUACCUAUAAAUCCCAAAUAUAGAAGUACACCCCCCCCCCUACUUGGGGGAUUUUUAGUAACUCCUUGUCCACAUUUGUAAAUUUCCAAUUGCCUUGCCUUUUGCCAGUUGGGACCCUAUAGCUAAUUAACCAAUGUUAUGUUUCAUAUUUUAUUUGCUUGGAACAGAGGUCAUUUUUGGUCCUGUUUUAAAAAAUGUCUUUCGCUCUUUUCUUCUGGCAGAUUUUCGUCAGCAUCAUAAGUGGUAUUCUAAUCAGCUUUACCAAACUGUCCAUUUGUACAAUGUUUUAAAAAAUGUCCUUUGCUCUUUUCUUCUGGCAGAUUUUCAUCAGCAUCAUAAGUGGUAUUCUAAUCAGCUUUACCAAACUGUCCAUUUGUACAAUAAUGCGCAACCAUGGUUACCGAGCAUUGUUCUGGUGUGGCGUCAGUAUACAGACAGGCUCCUUUAUCGGGGCAAUAGUCAUGUUUCCACUCGUUAAUAUUUUAAAGGUUUUUCACCAGGCAAAAAGUUAA